GGUAGGUCUUCCUCUUUCCACCUUCCACCUUCCGUUCAAAGCCAAGACCAAUCUUCUGCAUCAACCCACAACACUCAUUCUGCAUCCACCAAACUUUGAUGAUUCCCAUCUCCGCACUUCCCUGUCCCGUUACCUUCAAGGUCAUGCUCCACAUUGCAUGAUCAUACAUACCAUCGCCACCGCCAACUUAUUCCAAGCUCUUCUCUUCAACCAUGUCCCCUUCUUUCUUACUCCUCCUGCUGUUCCUCCUUGGCUUCACCACGACUCCCGCGACCACCCGCUGCACCACCGCGACCUUCAUCAAGACCUACCAGAAGUGUGUCACCCUCCCCACUCAAGGGGCAUCCUUGGCCUGGACAUACCACCCCUUCAACGCCACCCUCGACCUCGCCUUCUCCGGCACCUUCAUCUCCCCCUCCGGUUGGGUUGCGUGGGGCCUCAACCCCGACUCGCCCGCCAUGACCGGCGCCCACGCCCUCGUUGCCUUUCCCGAUCCCUCCUCCGGCGGUCUCCUCCUCCUCCCCUUCGUCCUCGACCCCUCCGUCAGGAUCCAGAACGCCCCGCUCGUCUCCCGCCCCUUCGGCCUCCGUCUUCUCUCUUCCUCCGCCGUCCUCCGCGACUCCCGCUCCCCCAGCGACGGCUCUGCCGUCCUUAUCUUCGCCACCCUCUGGCUCUCCCCCAACCACACCCGCGUCCACCACGUGUGGAACCGCGGCCUCUACGUCCAGGGCCGCUCCCCGACCAUCCACCCGACCGCGCCCUCCGACCUCGCCUCCCGCGCCACCAUCGACGCUGCGUCCACUGCAGCCGAGACGGCACCGCAGGCGCCAGACGCGCUCCGGUCGGCCCACGCCGCGCUGAACGCCGCGUCGUGGGGGCUCCUCCUGCCGGCGGGCGUCGCGGUGGCCCGCUACCUGGGGCAUCGCGCGUCGCGUGGACCGUCAUGGCUCUACGCGCACGCGGCAACGCAGAUCGCCGGCUUACUGCUUGGCACCGCAGGGUUCGCGAUCGGGAUCGUGAUGGGCAACCGCCCGCGGGGCGCGGAGCACCGGCUGCACCGAGGACUGGGGGUCGCGGCGUUCGUGACGGCGGCGCUGCAAUCAGCGGCGCUGCUGUUCCAGCCGAAGGCCACCAACAGGUUCCGCAAGUACUGGAAGUCGUACCACCACUUGGUGGGCUACGGGUGCGCGGUGGUGGGGGUGGCGAACGUGUUCCAGGGGUUCGACGUGAUGGGGCUCGGCCGGUCGUACUGGAAGCUGGCCUACUGCCUGGCACUGUCGACGUUGGCCGGCGUCUGCGUUGCGUUGGAGGUUAAUUCGUGGGUGGUGUUCUGCAGGAAUGCGGAGGAGGAAGAGGAGACGACGACAACGACGACAAGAGAAGGUGAUUCGAUGGAGGGAGGAAGGGCAUCGAGUUCUCAAAAGCAAGGUCUGAGCCUCUAGUUCUACAUCCUGAUACACACCAAAAUGAAGCCAAUCUAUUUCUAAUUAUUAUUGUAUUUCAAUUUUGUGGAAAAGUAAAAUCAAAACCAUGUUCAUCGAUACGUGCUA